CAAGAAUAGCUGGGAAAUCGUUCUUUACAAGGCUAGAGCCAAGGGCGGGGAAGGAGUAAACUCACACAGGCAGAACUGGGUAGAGGUUACAGGCUGUUUACUUGUUUUACGGCAAACCUUCCCCCACAGCCGCCUGACAGUUCCUGUGGGGUUAUUUUCUUUAUCACUCCUCUCUGAGCCCCCACAACCCCCGCCCUCCUGGCCACAACACUCCCACGCCACCGCUGCAGCUGCCAAAGUUAGUUCUUCUGAAGAAAACAGCUUCCCCACGGCCCCGGCCAGUGGUGAGCGAUCUAUGGUGCUGGGGUGAGGGGGGCCGGCUUCCCCUGGGAUUUACACCAUUCGCAGGAGGGAGAACCCCAGCACUUUGCCCUGGCACUCAACUAACUGGCACUUGUCCACCAUGGCACCAUUCUUGACAGUGCAGAGAGCCCAUCUGAAGGGGCCUAUCCUAAGGCUGAGGUACAUGGUGAAGCAGCUGGAGAAUGGCGAGGUGAACAUCGUGGAGCUGAAGAAGAACCUGGAGUACACAGCUUCACUGCUAGAGGCCGUCUACAUUGAUGAGACCAGGCAAAUUCUGGACACAGAGGAUGAGCUGCAGGAGAUCAAGUCGGACGCAGUGCCAUCGGAGGUGCGGGACUGGCUGGCCUCCACCUUCACCCAGCAGACCCGCGCUAAGGGCCGGCGCUCCGAGGAGAAGCCCAAGUUCCGCAGCAUCGUCCACGCUGUUCAGGCUGGCAUCUUCGUCGAGAGGAUGUUCCGCCGGACGUACACAGCUGUGGGGCCUAACUACUCCACCUCUGUCAUCAACUGCCUGAAGACCCUGGACCUGUGGUGCUUUGACGUGUUUGCGCUGAACAGAGUGACAGAGGACCAUGCCCUGCGCACCAUUGUCUUUGAGCUGCUCACCAGACACAACCUCAACAGCCGCUUCAAGAUUCCCACUGUGUUUUUAAUGACCUUACUGGACGCACUGGAGGCUGGUUAUGGGAAAUACAAGAACCCCUACCACAAUCAGAUCCACGCGGCUGACGUGACUCAGACUGUACACUGCUUCCUGCUGCGCACUGGCAUGGUGCACUGUCUGACAGAGAUUGAGGUCCUGGCCAUCAUCUUCGCAGCUGCCAUCCACGACUAUGAGCACACGGGCACCACCAAUAGCUUCCACAUUCAGACCAAGUCUGACUGUGCCAUCCUGUACAACGACCGCUCGGUACUGGAGAACCACCACAUCAGCGCUGUCUUCCGUAUGAUGCAGGAGGAUGAGAUGAACAUCUUCAUCAAUCUGGCCAAGGAUGAGUUUGGGGAGCUGCGGUCCCUGGUGAUUGAGAUGGUCCUGGCCACAGACAUGUCCUGUCACUUCCAGCAAGUCAAGUCCAUGAAAACCUCCCUCCAGCAGCUGGAGAGGAUCGAUAAAUCGAAAGCGCUGUCGCUGCUGCUGCAUGCAGCCGACAUCAGCCACCCCACCAAGCAAUGGAGCGUUCACAGCCGCUGGACCAAGGCUCUGAUGGAGGAGUUCUUCAGACAGGGGGACAAGGAGGCUGAGCUGGGCCUGCCCUUCUCUCCGCUCUGUGAUCGCAAGUCCACGCUGGUGGCCCAGUCCCAGAUCGGUUUCAUCGAUUUCAUCGUGGAGCCCACUUUCUCGGUGCUGACGGACGUGGCAGAGAAGAUCGUCCUCCCGCUGGUGGAGGAAGGCUCCAAGUCUAAGUCCUCCAGCCAGCAGAGCAGUUCCCAGUGGAAGCAGCCGUCCCUAGACGAGCAUUCAGAGCUGGGCGACAUCAACGCCGACAUCACCAGCUUCCGCUCCACAUGGACCAAGUACAUCCAGGAGAACAAGCAGAAGUGGAAGGAGCGAGCGGCCAGUGGGAUCACUAACCAGACAUCCAUUGAUGAGCUGUCACCGUGCGAGGAGGAGCCACAUGUGCCCGAAAACCAGCACAAUCAGAACGGUGAUGUGGAAUAGCACAGUCUGCAAGGGAUAGAGGUCCCUUUUCCAACUGAAUGAUGCAGUUUAGUCCAAAGUCUUCGAUGCCAUCGAAAUCAGCACCAUUGCAGGAGGAGCCGCCCCAGGCCGGAGGGCGAGUGGGAACAACCAUUGCCAAGAUAUAAAAAUUAAUGUAAACCUUAGAGUCAAGGGAAAUCCUGAUGUCACUGAGCACAUGGCCUGAACCCAUCAAAGUCAUCCUUCACCGCCGCCACCUCGGAGCCCUGGCCUGGCCAGGUCAGUCACCCACCCCGCCAAGCAGGUACUACAGGCUCCUGUUCCAUCUGCCUCCCUGCCCCACCAGUCCAGCUGGGAUUAUAAGAGACAUCUCACUGCCCAGCCAGCAAACGCCCGGAGCUGCAGGGCCAGGGCUCUGCCUGUGUCUUUUUAAAGGAUUUGUUCUCUGGAAUCCCAAUGUGUCAGACACUGGGAUGAGUGAGGAACAGAGGCUUCAGGAUGAUCCACGGGGCUGUGGGAGGAGUUCGGGGGAGAAUGGGGGGCCAGACUGGUCACUUGGGGAAUUGUGGGCUCCAGCAGUGCCUCCAGGGCAUGUCACAGCUGCUUAACUGCCCACUGGAGCCAGGAUGGAUGACUGCUACACAAUACCUGUCUGGGGUGGUGUCUACAUCCCCCAAACUCAGAGCCCCAGGGCCUACCCUUAGCACAGAGCGUGGGCUGGGUCGCCCCUCAUACCCUCAGACAGACACACCCACUCCUCGCAGGCCAGAAUCUCCUCCCCGUCUGCAGUGAGGUUCCUGCAGAGAAGGGUCUAGCCUCCAGUGGCAAACCCUCCUGACUUGCAGCCCCAAUAUGUAUCUACCCUUGCCCAACCCUCUUUCCCAAGGCUCCCCUCCAAUUUGAUUGG